CGUUCAACUUCCCUUCUUUUAAAUCUGUUCUCUUCUGUGUUGGCUCUCGAAGUUUUAAUCAUUCAAAGUUAAUGGAGACUUACUCAGGCCUGGGUUUUUAAAAAUCCCUUUUGGAAUCUGAUUGCUGUUUUGCCUGUGCCAGAAAGAUAGAGCAAUAAACAAGCACACGUCACAGGCUCAGGCACGGGCUGUGGCUGCAGCCUCCCUGUGGCACAAUUGGACGGAAGAAAGCAGCUUCCCAAGGAGGGAAUGUGUCGGGCAGGCUCUUUCCACACAGACCAUGGCCUGUUUUUAGAAGCCAGACUGAACGAAGACAGCCUUAAGGAAAGCUCUUGAAGGAUUCUUUAAAGUCUUCUGAACAGAAAGAAACCAGGGCAUCAAAGGUGCAUCUCCAUUCUUCACUCUUACUUUCCUAACAGAGACCUAAUGAGGAGUUUCAUUUUCUCAACUCAGUAAAAUGAUAUUAGAGUGUGACAGUAAAGUGGAAGGUAGAUCCAGAAACGACAAAAUGAUUAAAAAAGAGAGGAGCGUGUGUCGACAAACUCAGGCCCUUCUGCACAAGAAUUUUCUUAGAAAAUGGAGAAUGAAAAAAAAGAGCGUGUUGGAGUGGGCGAUGGUGCUGCUCCCGGGGCUGGCUCUCUGCCUCUUGACGGAGUUCUUCAGAGCUAUGCAUUUCCUGGAACAACCGCCUCAGGUCCUGGGACGUGUGGAUGAGUUUAAUGACUCCGACCCGGUGUUGGUGGCCUACACCCCGGUCACUAACGUGACCCGGAGCAUCAUGGAUAAGGUGGCUGCGGCCUCCUAUAUGAAAGGAAGAACAAUCCUUGGGAUCCCUAGUGAAGACUCCAUGGACAGAGUAGAUCCAAGAAACGACUCUGAGAUGGUGGGGGUUGUGUUCAACGACACUUUCUCAUACCGGCUGAAGUUCAGCUGGGGACACAGAGUCCCGAUCAUGAAAGAGAACUUCGAGUACUCAGACCACUGUUUGGCUCUAGAGGAUGAAGCUUUCUGUCUCCUGUCAACAUACUGGGAAAGCGGGUUUGUGGCUUUUCAAACUGCAAUUAAUGCUGCAAUUAUAGAAGUCACAACGAAUCAUUCUGUGAUGGAAGAGUUGACAUCAGUUGUUGGAAUAAAUAUGAGGACACCCCCUUUCAUUUCUAAGGGAGAAAUUGUAAACGAAUGGUUUAUUUUUAUUUGUAUUAUUUAUUUCUCCCCUUUUGUGUAUGUUGCAUCAUUAAACAUUACAAAGGAACGAAAAAAAUUUAAGAAGCUGAUGACAGGGAUGGGUCUCCGACAGUCAGCAUUUUGGCUCUCCUGGGCAUUGAUGUAUGCUGGCUUCAUCUUUAUUGCAUCCAUUUUUAUGAGUCUGGUCAUAAAAUUAUUCCAAAUGAUUAUCCUUACUGGCUUCAUGGUGCUAGUCACGCUUUUCACUCUGUAUGGCCUGUCUUCGAUAGCACUGGCUUUCCUUCUCUGCGUGCUGAUAAAGAGACCCAUCCUGACCGGCGUGGCUGGCGCUGUCAUCACUGUGUUUUGGGGCUGCCUGGGCUUCACUGCACUGCACAGUCCGCUCCCACCAUCACUGGGGUGGGCUUUAUGUCUGUUCAGCCCUUUUGCCUUCACUGCUGGAAUGGCUCAGAUUUCACAUCAGGAGUAUCACCACAAAAACACUCACCAUGAAGUCUUCGGGAAUGAAAUGAAUUCUGAGCUCUCCUGCGAUGAUUCUUUUGAGCCAGUGUCUCCAGAGUUCCACGGAAAAGAAGCCAUAAGAAUCAGAAAUCUUAGAAAAGAAUAUAAAGGAAAGCCCGAAAAAGUAGAAGCAUUGCAAGGCAUAUGUCUUGACAUCUAUGAAGGCCAGCUCACGGCAAUUCUUGGACACAGUGGAGCUGGUAAAUCCUCGUUGCUGAGCAUCCUUAGCGGCUGGUCUGUUUGCACCGAAGGAUAUGCCACCAUUUACAACACCCAACUCUCUGAAAUAAUGAACAUGGAAGAAAUCAGAAAUUAUACUGGAUUUUGUCCACAAUUUAAUAUCUACUUUGACUUUUUAACUGUGAGAGAAAACCUCAGGCUAUUUGCAAAAAUAAAAGGGAUUCCACCAAAAGAAGUGGAGCAAGAGGUAAAAGGAGUUAUAAUGGAAUUAGACAUGCACAAUAUUCAAGAUGUCAUUGCUAAAGACUUAAGUGGUGGACAGAAGAGAAAACUCACAUUUGGGAUUGCCAUUUUAGGAGAUCCUCAGGUUUUGCUCCUGGAUGAGCCAACUGCUGGACUCGAUCCUUUCUCAAGGCACCUCAUUUGGAACUUCCUGAAGGAGAGGAAAACUAACCACACGAUCGUGUUUAGUACCCAGUUCGUGGACGAGGCUGACAUCCUGGCUGAUAGGAAAGUGUUUCUGUCUAACGGGAAGCUCAGAUGUGCAGGGUCGUCGUUGUUUCUGAAGCGGAAAUGGGGUAUUGGAUAUCAUUUAAGUUUACAGAGGAAUGAAAGGUGCAAUACAGAGAGACUCACAUCCCUCAUCACACAGCACAUCUCAGACGCCAAGUUAACCACAGAAAGUGAAGAAAAACUUGUGUAUACGUUGCCCCUGGAGAGAACAGACAAGUUUCCAGAUCUUUGCAGAGACCUUGAAAACUCUUCUGACCAGGGCAUAAUGAAUUUUGGUGUUUCCAUGACAACUCUAAGUGAAGUAUUCUUGAACCUAAAAGGCAGAUCGGCAAUUGAUGAGCCAGAUCCCGGUGUCGGGGGACCGGCAGAAAUCGACGUGACCCCAGACCCCGGCAUCGAGUCUGAAGCCCAGCAGGCCCUUUGUUCCCUUCCUGAGGUGAGAAAGACCGUCAGCUCUGCAGCUCUCUGGAGACGACAGGUCUGUGCGGUGGCGAGACUCCGCUUCUUAAAGUUGAGGAGUGAGAGGAAGAUUUUCCUGUCCUUGUUAGUGGUGUUCGGAAUUGCUUUAAUCCCCACUAUCUUCGAGAAGAUCAUGUAUUCAGUGUAUUUUCAUGAUGAUCACUGGGAGUUUUCACCCGGAAUGUACUUCCUUUCUCUGGAACAGCUCCCUCAAACUCCUCUGACCAAUCUAUUGAUCAUCAACAAUACAGGAUCCGAUAUUGAAGACGUUGUGCAGUCCCUGAAGCGUCAGGGUCUCGUUUUGGAAGUAGAUGAUGCUGGAAACAGAAACGGCUCAGACGACCCUUCCUACAAUGGAGCCGUCAUCGUGUCUGGUGGCCACAAGGAUUACAGAUUUUCAGUUGCAUGCAAUACCAAGAGGAUGAACUGUUUUCCUGUUCUUAUUGGGAUUGUUAGCAAUGCCCUGCUUGGAAUCUUUAACGUCACAGAGCUUAUUAAGACGGAGAGGAGCACGUUUCCACUCGACGACCCAACAUGGGCAGUUGGCAUUUUGGAUUUUCUUCUGUUGCUCAUUGUAAACUGCCUUUCUCCGUACAUUGGGAUGAACAGCGUCAGCAAUUACGAACAAAAAGCUCAGUCUCAGCUACGGAUCUCAGGCCUCUGUCCGUCAGCAUGCUGGUGUGGACAGGCCCUGGUGGACAUCUCAUUUUAUUUUGGAAUUCUUUUUUCGAUACAUUUAAUGUACUGCGUACUUUUGGAAUUCACGAUUGUAUUAGAAUUCGUGUUUGCUCUGGCGGUCUGCGUGGCCGGCUGUGCGGCGUGUCUCAUACUCCUCACGUACGUGAUUUCACUCCUCUUUCCCAUGGGAAGGAAAAAUAACGGCUUUUGGUCUCUCAGCUUUUUUCUUAUCUCAUUAUUUAUGCUCAUCCUCCUGGGACUAACUCAUUCUGGAAAUAUUAUAAUUAUAUGUAUAAUUUUAAUACCUUCGUGCACUUCAAUUUUUUUUCUCUCCGAAAUGAUAGAGCAGUUGUAUCAAAGAAGGUCCAGAAGUCAGGACUCUGAGAGAAGUGGAAUUGUUGAAAUCAUUCUCCUAACAAUCUUCAUACCGUACCUUCAGAUGAUCAUUUUUCUUUUUAUUAUACGGUGCCUGGAAAUGAAGUAUGGAAAAGAAACAAUGAGGAAAGAUCCAUUUUUCAGAAUCUCUCCAAGAAGAAGGGAAUAUCGUCCAAACCCAGAAGAACCGGAAGAAGAGGAUGAAGACGUUCAAGCAGAAAGAGUGAAAACAGCGAAUGCACUCACUGCUUCCAACUUGGACGAGAAGCCAGUAAUAAUGGCAAGCUGUUUACACAAGAAAUAUAAACAGAAAAAGAAAAGAUGCUUUUCAGCCAGAAAGACGAAAACAGCCGUUCGGAAUGUUUCCUUCUGUAUCAACAAAGGUGAAGUGUUGGGAUUGCUGGGGCACAAUGGAGCUGGGAAAAGCACUUCUAUUAAAAUGAUAACUGGAGACACAAAGCCGACCGCGGGAGUGGUGGUUUUCAGUGGCAGUGGGACAGCUCAGACGCAGCAGGCAGACGACGGCUUCGGGCGCCUGGGUUACUGUCCGCAGGAGGACGCACUGUGGCCCGACCUCACGGUCCAAGAACACCUGGACUUGUAUGCAGCCGUGAAAGGCCUGCCCAAAGAGGAGGCUGUUCUCAGCGUCUCCAGGCUGGCAGACGCCCUGAAGCUGCAGGACCAGAUGGCACUCCCCGCCAAGGCCUUACCCAAAGGGGCAAAGAGAAAGCUGAGCUUCGCGCUGAGCGUCCUGGGGAGCCCGGCCGUGCUGCUUCUGGACGAGCCAACCACGGGGCUGGACCCCGAGGGGCAGCUGCAGAUGUGGCAGGCAAUCCAGGCCAUUGUUAAAAACACAGCGAGGAGCGCCCUGCUGACCACCCACUCCAUGGCCGAGGCGGAGGCCGUGUGCGAUCGUGUGGCUGUCAUGGUGUCCGGGAGGCUGAGGUGUAUCGGUUCUGUUCAGCAUCUGAAAAGCAAGUUUGGCAAAGACUACUUACUGGAGGUGAAGGUAAAGGCGCUCACCCGGGUGGAGCCUCUGCACAUGGAGAUUCUCAAGCUCUUCCCCCAGGCUGCUCGGCAGGAGAGAUAUUCGUUCGUGAUGGCAUAUAAAUUACCCAUAGAGGAUGUUCACCCUCUGUCUCAGACCUUUUCCAAAUUAGAGGCAGUGAAACAGACCUUCGACCUGGAAGAAUACAGCCUUUCCCAGGCCACCUUGGAGCAGGUAUUCUUAGAACUCUCCAAAGAGCAGGAGCUGGGGAAUUUGGAUGAUGACAUUGAUACGACAGUCAGAUGGAAACUUCUGCCACAGGAAGAGUCUUAAGACCCUGAACCUCCUCAUGUCUGAUGUUAGCUAUCACUGCAUCCUUAGUUUCCAUAAUUGUAGAAGAAGCUUUCAUAUUACUGAAGUUAACAUUCAGUAGUUUAAACAUUCGAUAAUGGUUACGUUUUUUAGAUCUUUUUUUUUUUUUGAUGUGGACCAUUUUUAAAGAUUUUAUUGAAUUUGUUACAGUAUUGCUUCUGUUUUAUGUUUGGUUUUUUUUUUUGGCCAUAUAUCAUGUGGCAUAUCCGCUCCCCGACCAGGGAUGGAACCCACACCCCUCUAGUGGAAGGAGAAGUCUUAACCACUAGAUCUCCAGGGAAAGCCCAUGAUUAAGAUUUCAUAUGGUUUUUUAAAUUUUAGAAUGGAGAGAAGAGACAAAGAUAAGGAAAUGUAGCAGACAACAUUAAUGCAAUCAGAUGUUAUAUUAAUCACUGAUUAGGCCUAUUUUGUGUUUAAUUCAGAAAUCAGCUGAUGUUAGACAAGUGCUGUGUUGUUCAAUAAGGCUGACUGCUCAGCACGUGUUACAAAUAAAACCUUGUAGGCUUUUUAA